AGCCGGUAGAGUACCAGAACAGAUACCUACCUACGUGAGACCCGACCGGCCUGAGAGCUUUACUUGCGACAGUUGUCGUUCGGUCGCUCUCAAGGAGUCAUCUCGGCCUCAUCGUAAAUCAGCUCUGCUUCAAAGGCUCUUGGAAAAAUUCGACAGAAUCUCAAAUAACUCUCGAAUAAUACCCGCAAUUAACAAAUUUUCGAGGAUUUAUCAAAGGACCAUUCAACGAUUCUGGACGAACUCUCAAGAACUCGCGAGCAGCUUUUGGCAGAACUAGAAAGGAUUUAGUAUAUCAACGUCAGAGUUACGAGAUUUAGGAUGGUGAAUCUAAAAAACGCCCUGGGCGCUGAUGAACUUACCGACAAGAAGGCUGGUCUCCCUCGAGGUCUUUUGGCAGAAUUUCUCGGCACCCUGUUGCUCAACUUUUUCGGCUGCGGUGCCGUGGUAACUGACAAUGUUGUCGCCAUCGGUCUGGCCUUCGGUCUGGUAGUGGCAAGCGCAAUUCAGGGGAUAGGUCACGUUUCUGGCGGUCACGUCAACCCGGCGGUCACGUGUGGUCUUAUCAUCAUUGGCAAGGUGCCAAUCAUCAGAGGCAUCUUAUAUAUCGUUGCACAAUGUGCGGGUGCCAUCGCUGGCUCGGCGAUUCUGCGGGCUCUUUCGGCGGAUUCGAUGGAAAGUUCUCUAGGUGUAGUAAAGCUCUCUCACGGGAUCACCCCGGUCCAAGGACUCGGCGUGGAGUUCUUCCUCGCGUUGAUCUUGGUUCUGGUGAUUUGCGGUGCGUGCGACGCCGCAAAACCAGACAGCAAAGGCAUCGCACCACUUUUAAUCGGCCUGGUAGUCACCGUCGGUCAUAUUGUCGGCAUACCGCGAACAGGCGCCGGGAUGAAUCCGGCGCGUUCACUGGGAAGCGCCGUGGUCAUGGGUGCUUUUCAUGAUCACUGGGUUUACUGGGUAGGCCCAAUUAUGGGUGGCAUCGCCGGCGCGUUAAUUUAUGUGCAUGCAGUUGGGCCCGCCAAGGAACCGGAAGCUCCCACCAGGACUUAUGCCUCCGUUGCCAACGAGGAGAAAGAGUUGCAGAAUCUUACCGCCAGGAAAAACGUGAAUCCCGCUUGAUGCUCUAAUCUCAACUUUAACAGUCUUGUCAGUUCGUCAAUUGUCUUAUCGAUAACGUGAUAAGAAUUAUUAGUCAGCUUUUAUUGUAAAUAUCACGAAGCGCAAAUUGCAAAACCAUUUUAAAAUUGUAAAAUUAAAUUGUAUUAUUUUUAAAAGAAUAUUGAGAAUGUCGAUUCCUAUAAAUAAUCGCUGAAGACAAUCUAGAAAUGCAAUUUUAUUGCAACCACAAUUAAUCUUGAAAUAAAAAGUACAAUUUCUUUUAUACAAUUUUCACAUUUUGUUGUCUAUAUUAACAAUUCUAUUUAAAUUAUAAAGCAUUAAUUUAAUUUCAAUUAAAAAAACAA